AUGUCUCAACCGCCAAAUCAAGAACUACUAGCCCACGAAACGAAACAAGAACGUCACAAUCGAUUCUCGCAUCAACUAUGGCAAGCCGCUGCAACAGGAGCACUUCGCGGGUCGUUGGUGGCUUUGGUUACUGGUUAUGCACUAUCGUACAAGUACAACCACGGCAAGAAUAAGCCUUACUUUCGCAACGUCUACAAAGUGUGGUGGUUUGUGUGCUGGAAUGUAGUGGGAGUUACGUUCACCACUGAUAAUGCAAAGAUUAAAAUAAGCAGACAAGCUGCACUCGAAGAUGAAAUAAAGAAGACAAAGCUUUACGAGGAUGAAUUAGCCAAAUAG